GCCGGGCUGGGGGGAUGUCCGCCUUCUCGGAGGCGGCGCUGGAGAAGAAGCUGUCGGAGCUGAGCAACUCUCAGCAGAGCGUGCAGACGUUGUCGCUGUGGCUGAUCCACCACCGCAAGCACUCGCGGCCCAUCGUCACCGUGUGGGAGCGGGAGCUGCGCAAGGCCAAACCAAACAGGAAACUGACAUUUCUUUAUCUUGCCAAUGAUGUCAUCCAGAACAGCAAAAGAAAAGGGCCAGAAUUCACAAAAGAUUUUGCACCAGUCAUAGUUGAAGCCUUUAAACAUGUUUCCAGUGAGACUGAUGAAAAUUGUAAAAAGCAUCUUGGAAGAGUGCUGUCUAUUUGGGAAGAAAGGUCUGUUUAUGAAAAUGAUGUAUUAGAACAACUUAGGCAAGCUCUCUAUGGCGAUAAGAAGUCCAGAAAGCGUUCAUAUGAACAGAUAAAGGUGGAUGAGAAUGAAAAUUGUUCAGCACUAGGAUCACCAAGUGAACCUCCACAGACUAUAGAUCUCAUUAGAGCCUUACAAGAACUUGAAAAUGCAGCCUCUGGUGAUGCAGCAGUUCAUCAGAGAAUAGCUUCUUUACCUGUUGAAGUCCAAGAUGUAUCUCUACUAGACAAAAUAACAGAUAAAGAAUCGGGAGAACAGCUUUCCAAGAUGGUAGAUGAUGCAUGCAUGCUGUUGGCGGAUUACAAUGGUCGAUUGGCAGCAGAAAUCGAUGAUAGGAAGCAACUAACUCGAAUGUUAUCAGAUUUUCUUCGUUGUCAAAAAGAAGCCCUUGCAGAGAAAGAACAUAAGCUGGAAGAAUACAAGCGCAAAUUAGCCAGAGUAUCCCAGGUUCGAAAAGAACUCAGAUCUCGAAUCCAGAACCUGCCAGAUUUGUCUCGGUUGCCCAAUGUUACAGGCAGCCAUGUGCACCUGCCAUUUGCUGGAGACAUCUACAGUGAGGAUUGAUGACUACAGCUUUUUCCAGGGCCUCAGGACUUUGCAAGAGCUGGAGAUAGGUUAAGUGGAUAGUCUUGUAGUAUUAUUUUUGUACAUUGUUGAAAAAGUGAAACAUAGAUAUCCCCAACAAAAUACAAAAAAAAAUUAAAUAUAUUUAAAAUGUUGGGUUUUUUCCUAUUUUAUUGGCAAGUUAACAUGACAAUUUAAAAAUUGACAUCCAUGUGUUAAUAUGUCCACAAAGAAGUGAUUAUUUUAAAAAGAUCCUUUUAUAUAUUUUUUGAUCCAGGGCCCUGUGAGAAACUAAAACCUUUCUAUUUUUCUUUAUGUAAUUUUGAAAGUUCCUCUUUAUGUUUCUGCAUUAAUAUGUGAAUGUAACUUCAAUAUCUAAUCACUGUAUAAUAUGUAAUUUCUUCAGGAAAAGAACUAAUCAGGAGGUUGGGACAUUAUUCUCAUAUAUUAUAGGGAUUUGAUGGUAAAGAGGACAUAAAGUUGACAGAUUAAGGCUAAGCUUACCUGGGUCUAUCAACCCCAAUGUCUCCUUGUCUGUGCUUCUCAGUGCUUUUGACUCAACACACAUGAAAAUGGAAAUCACUUUGUGAGUCAAACUGAGGACAUUCACAUUCUAAGGGUAAUAUUUACACCAACAAGAGAGUAAUUUUUCUGAACUUACUGGAAACUUGUUUAAUAUUACAAGAAUAUGGAAACAAGUUAGAGUAUCCCAGAAUAGACUUCAGUUAUCACCCCAGCUCACUGUGUCCCUGAGCACAUCGAUGUUCCAUUUACAUGUAGUCAAUGGGAAAGUAGGAGAGUCUAAUUUGCUUAUUGCCUAUUAAAAGCAUAACCUUGUUUAUCUUAAUUUGCCAACUUUCAGUGUUGGAAAAACAGCAUGCUUAAUUGGGUACAUACAUUGAGUAUGCCACCAUUUAUUACUUGAAUAAACAAACUUGGAAAUGCUUUGUAGGAAUUCAUCAAUUCAAAGAGUUGAUCCCUCAAGAUAUUCUUGGUUCUGGAGCUAAUUUCAUAAGGUUUAAAUCUUUAUCUCUUACUUAUGGAGAUAAAUCUAUGCUUUAUCUUAAGUAUCCUUGAUCUCAUUAAUGUGAAGAAAUCUACAAUAUCAAUUGGACUAUAAAAACACAUUUUAUGACUUUUCGCAACUAUAAAAUCUUAAAAAGCUUUCAUGUCAUUUUUGGCUCCAGUAUCUAGAUAACACUACAAAUAGAACAUUGUAGAUGAGUUGCAGUGUUCUAUGUAGUUGCCUGGACACUUUUAAUGUCCCAUCAAAGUUUUUGAAUAAAAAGCAGUGCUACAGGGUAGAUCUGGUAUAUUUUGCAUAUAUCCAGAGUUACCAAAACAAAUAUGGUUUUUUCUUUUAUUUGUAACACUGUGUGUUAGAGCUAUUGGAUCCCUUGCUUUCUUUUUAAAGUGCAUUUUUUAGCAAUGGGUUUGUACCAGGUAAUAGCCAUUUUAGUAUAAUUGUUCAUGACAUUGUCAAUAAAUGAUGGAAAUUUU